AUGACAGAUCAGGAAAUCAAACACCUGCGAACGCCCAAAUGUGCCCGUUGCCGCAAUCACGGCGUAAUUUCUUGCCUCCGAGGGCACAAAAAGUUGUGCAGGUGGCGCGAGUGUUGCUGCCAGAGCUGCUUGCUCGUUGUGCAACGUCAACGGAUUAUGGCGGCACAGGUGGCGCUGCGAAGACAGCAGCAGCAGCAGCAGGCUGGCAGCACUGCUGGUGGAACCGGAAGUGGUCAAGGAAGCAACGAAAGUGGGUCUGCUAGCAGUGUUGGUGGUGGAAGUGGGAAAGUGUUGAACAUGGAAGAGCUGAUCAUUCAGAAGCAGAUUUACAGCCAACAGUUGAAGGGGGUGCAGAAAUCGAAGCAGGCCAGCAGGAAUAUGCUUUAUGAUUCCCGCACCCGGUUCGCGCCCUUCUUUGAGUCCCCGCUGACGGAGCGAAUCCGCAAGCGACGUGCCUUCGCCGACAGCCACCUCAUGAGUGCUCCGAUUCUGGUGAAACUUCCCAGCCCGCCUCCAGCCGCUCCUCCGCUGGUGGUGGUUCCCUUCAAACCGGUGAUGCUGCCCCCGUUGGAGUUUGUCCAGCAGAGCAUGAUCGAGCAGCACCUGCGGCGGAUUGGAACCGGUUCCGAGCUGCCCCCGAAACCGAAGCUGUCCUUUUCGAUAGAAUCUAUUAUUGGGGUUAAGUAAGGGAAGGGAGUUUCUUUCCAAUCAAGAGUCAAGAACCAGUGACGUAAUUUG